AGGGUGUCACCGCCAACCCGCUCCGGCCGGAAACGGGCGCUUGUUUCCGGCCGGACGUUCGAAAGCCACCGAUCCGGAGCCAGCCGCUGGAGUCGGAGUGGCGACCUGGUGUGGAGCCGGCGGAAAGCCACUGGGGAGAGGCCAGCUCCGGUCAGUCCCGGCUUGGCUCCGGAUACAGAUCCUGUGGAGAGCAACAGCCGCGGUCGCAGUGUCCGCCUCCGCCUCCCAUCGUCGUCGGGGGAGGGGCCGCUCGGACCCCGGGGUCACUGCCGAGGAAUGAGGAGAGGCGGCCGGGCCCCGCGCUCCGCCCCGGCCUAGAGCCUUGCCCCGAGAGUCGCGAGGUGCACCAGCCUGUGGAGAAAUCGCAAGACUAUGGCGGGGUUCUGCUCAACAGCUUGUGGUCAGAGCCUGGAUUGUGAUCAAUGUUCUGCUCACAUUCUGCUGCCGGAGAGCACCUGAUGAUCCCAUGACCCUGGACAUGGAUGCUGUCCUGUCGGAUUUUGUUCGUUCCACAGGUGCAGAGCCAGGGCUGGCUCGAGAUCUUCUGGAAGGAAAGAACUGGGAUGUGACUGCUGCCCUAAGUGAUUUUGAACAGCUACGCCAAGUCCAUGCUGGGAACCUGUCCCCACCCUUUAGUGGAGGGAGUAGUUGCCCUAAGACCCCUGAAAAAGGGUGUUUGGAUAGAGAGCUCACUCGCCCCUCUCGACCGGUCCUGCAGAGACAGGAUGACAUCAUUCAAGAAAAACGCCUGUCUAGGGGCAUCUCCCACGCGAGUUCCAGCAUUGUUUCCCUGGCCCGAUCCCAUGUCUCCUCCAAUGGUGGGGGUGGGGGGAGCAGUGAGCACCCCCUGGAAAUGCCCAUCUGUGCCUUCCAGCUUCCAGAUCUCACUGUGUACAAGGAAGACUUCCGCAGCUUCAUAGAGAGAGACCUCAUUGAGCAGUCCAUGCUGGUUGCCUUGGAACAGGCAGGGCGGUUGAAUUGGUGGGUCAGUGUGGACUCCACCUGCCAGAGGCUGCUGCCUUUAGCAACUACUGGAGAUGGGAACUGCCUCCUGCAUGCAGCCUCUCUUGGGAUGUGGGGUUUCCAUGAUAGAGACUUGGUGCUGAGGAAAGCUUUGUAUGCACUAAUGGAGAAGGGUGUCGAGAAGGAAGCAUUGAAAAGGCGCUGGAGGUGGCAGCAAACACAGCAGAAUAAAGAGUCAGGACUGGUGUAUACUGAAGAUGAGUGGCAGAAGGAAUGGAACGAAUUGAUCAAGCUUGCCUCGAGUGAACCCAGAAUGCAUCUAGGUACCAAUGGAGCCAGUGGUGGUGGAGUGGAGAGUUCAGAGGAGCCGGUCUAUGAGAGCCUGGAGGAAUUCCAUGUCUUCGUCCUUGCUCAUGUGCUCAAGAGGCCCAUAGUAGUCGUGGCAGACACCAUGCUGAGGGACUCUGGAGGGGAAGCAUUUGCCCCUAUUCCGUUUGGAGGGAUCUAUCUCCCAUUGGAGGUUCCGGCCAGCCAGUGUCACCGUUCUCCUCUGGUGCUCGCCUAUGAUCAGGCCCACUUUUCUGCGCUUGUGUCAAUGGAGCAGAAGGACAGUGCCAAGGAACAAGCUGUGAUCCCGCUCACAGACUCAGAGCAGAAGCUGUUGCCCCUGCACUUUGCUGUGGACCCAGGAAAGGGCUGGGAGUGGGGCAAAGAUGACAGUGACAAUGUGCGAUUGGCCAGCAUAAUCCUGUCCCUGGAGGUGAAGUUACAUCUGCUGCACAGCUAUAUGAGUGUGAAGUGGAUCCCACUGUCUUCUGACGCACAGGCUCCUUUGGCCCAGCCUGAGUCCCCCACCGCCUCAGCAGGAGAUGAGCCCAGGUCCACUCCUGAGUCUGGGGAAUCAGACAAGGAGUCAGUUGGCAGCAGUUCUACUGGCAAUGAGGGCAGCAGGCGGAAGGAAAAGUCAAAGCGUGACCGGGAGAAGGACAAGAAGAGAGCAGAUUCUGUGGCUAACAAACUGGGCAGCUUUGGCAAAACCUUGGGCAGCAAGCUUAAGAAGAACAUGGGGGGCCUGAUGCAUAGCAAGGGCCCCAAGCCUGGGGGGCUGGGAAGUGGGUCUGCGAUUAGUGGUACGGAGACACUAGAGAAGAAGAAGAAGAACUCACUGAAGAGCUGGAAGGGUGGCAAAGAGGAGGCAGCUGGGGAUGGGCCUGCAUCUGAGAAGCCCUCAUCUGAGUCUCUUGGCAAUGGAGGGAGCAAGUAUAGCCAGGAGGUGAUGCAAAGCCUGAGCAUUAUGAGGAUCGCAAUGCAAGGGGAGGGCAAAUUUAUUUUUGUUGGAACUCUGAAGAUGGGCCACCGACACCAAUAUCAGGAGGAGAUGAUCCAGCGCUACCUUGCAGAUGCGGAGGAGAGAUUCCUGGCGGAGCAGAAGCAGAAGGAGGCUGAGAGGAAGAUCAUGAAUGGAGGGUUAGUUAGUGGUCCUCCUCCAGCCAAAAAGCCAGAGCCAGAUGGUGGGGAGGACCAAUCCAGUGACUCCCCAGCAGAGUCCAAGGCAAUGGCCUUUUCUGCUGGUUACCCUGGGGGCUUUACUAUCCCUCGACCUUCUGGGGGUGGAGUCCACUGCCAGGAGCCCCGGAGGCAGUUGGCAGGGGGUCCGUGUGUAGGGGGCCUUCCACCAUAUGCCACCAUCCCCAGACAGUACCCUCCUGGGCGACCCUACUCCCACCAGGACAGUGUCCCAUCUCUGGAGCCAGGCAAAGAUGGAAUUCACAGGGGGUCCUUGUUACCACCCCAGUUUCGUGUGGCUGAUUCCUAUAGUAAUGGCUACAGAGAGCCCCCGGAGCCAGAUGGAUGGGCUGGAGCUCCGCGGGAACUUCCAACCCAGACCAAAUGCAAACAGCCGAACUGCAGCUUCUAUGGACACCCUGAGACAAACAACUUCUGCUCUUGCUGUUACAGGGAAGAACUGAGGAGGCGGGAACGGGAGCCCGGUGGGGAGCUGCUAGCCCACAGGUUCUGAAUGGGCAGAGCCUUAGCGGGGAGAGGGGCUAAACAAACAAAGUGAAGCCCAACUCUGGCUCAUCAAGACCCAGCCCCUGUGUUGAUGGGGCAAGUGCAGACAUGUUUGUAGGAGCUGGAGUGCUGGCAGGCUGGCAAGAGCAGGCCAGGGCUAGCACUACCUCGAGGGCAGUGCUGCUCCUCUGCAGGCUUGACCUGAGACUGCAAGGGAGAAGGGGGAGACUCUAUCUCAGCCUCGUGUAUCCCAAUCCCAGGGCCCAAGGGAAAGUAGGGGAAUACUUGGGGUAUGUGGGUGGGAGGUGGGUGGACAUCGAGGGGGAGGAACCUGGAAAGAAGGUUCUCAGUCAGUUAAGGAAAAAACAGACCAAAGUUCAUUGCCGAUAGAGAAAAGCACAUGGUUUUGUAGCUGCGAGUCUAGAGUGAUGCUGAGGCACUAAACACAUUGAUUUUGGUUUGAAUUAGGUAGAUAUUAGGGUUGGAUAAGUUCUUUUUCCUUAAAGAUCAAGGCAGUAAUGUGUGUGUUUGGCCUGAUUAGACAAAAAGGGGAGUUUAAAUCCCAGUGAAUGGAAAUAGCAAAGGAGGAAUUUAAGGGGGAUUCUUUCCCAGUGAGUUUAUGUUCUUAUAGAUAGUCACCUGUCAUCCAUUCUAGUUCAGGGGAGACUGCCUGCUGCCUCAUCUUCUCCUCAACAUUUUUGAGGACUAAGCUCAGCUAAGUUAAGAAGUUGUGAUUUAAAAAAAAAAAAAAAGUAUUUUUUUUUAUUUUAAAAGCAAAUUCCCUUUGGGAAAGAGAAGAGUGAUAAGAGCAGCCUUGUAUGUGGAAUUUUCUUCAGAUGAAUGGUUGCAGAGUGAUCUAUUUUUUAACUACUUAGCAAUAACUACACGUGGGUUUGAGUGCACCUGAGAAUGGGUGGAGGAAGGCCAGAUGUUCGGCCAGACUGUUUGAAACAAUACCAAAAACCUAUCUAGAGCACUCUAUCCUUAGCUGCUGCGUUUCCAUAGAAAGCAACUUAUUUUAUUGACUAAUUUUUUUAAAGAAAAAGAAACAUGACCCUGACAAAAAAAAAUUAAAAAUUAAUUAUUCCCCAUCCCCAUCUAAGUGAUUUUUUUUCUUCCUGUCUGCUUCUGGAGAAUGAACUUAAUUAACAUCCUGGCUUCUUUUGUUAAGCCAUAGCUGACCUUAAAUCUGUGGUUAGUUUAUUAAAAUAAUAAAAAUACUUUGUAAGAAGAAUUAUUUUUUAUAUUAGGACUGGUGUUGAAGCAUGGGAAGGGGGCUAGGGGCCAUUUAUAAAGGUAGCUAGAGAAAUAUAUUUUAGUGAACUAUAGCCACAGGCCACAGGUUCGUCCCUGCCUUUGGAUUUCUCCCUUUUCCUGAGCCAGCCCUAUUCUCCAGAGGGGUGGGCAAGGACCCGGCAGUGAGAGCUCCCUUGCAAUUUGCACAAAGCACAAGUCUGGACCAGAGCCAUUUCUAAGAGCUUUAAACCAGAAGACUAUUCCUGCACCAGUUGUCCUUUCUCCUUAUUUUUUUUUUUUCUGGUGAAAAAAUCAUCUAUGCAAUUCUGUACACUUGUGGAUGCAUAUGAAGACGAGUGUGAGUGUGCUUACAUGUCCAGAGUGUUAGCUGGGGCUGUUUCUGUGCUUUGAUUUAUCUCCUGAGGUAUGUCAUUACCCACUAAUGGAAUAUAAUCCCUGCAUUUGAUCUAAGUAACAAAUGGCUCUGUGUGUGCGUGUGUGUGUGUGUGUGUGUGUGUGUUUGUGUUUGUGUUGGGACUCCUGUCUGCAUGUUUCUUUUGCCUAGUCAGGUAAGUGGUCACACUCCUCCUUGGUAUCGAAGCUUGUCAAAACUUCUUUAUGGAAUUACUUGAGGAAGUUUUUUCUCCCUUCAUAAAUUUGAAAGUCACUUCCAAAUCUGCCAAUCUGUUGAUUUAAUAAUUUUCAGUCAUUUUUAGACUUUUUUUUUGUCUGUUUCUUUUUUGUGUAGCCCUCGCUGGACAGCCUGGUACUUGCUAUAUAGGCCAGGCUAGGCUCCAACUCAUAGCAACCCUCCUGCCUCAGUCUUCUGAGUGUUGGGAUCUUGAGCUUUCUUGAGGUUGGAACCUCUGUAAGACAAGCAUUUCUGGCAGGUGCAUAAUGUAACACUCCACUCAGAAAUUGAGAGUGUUGUGGUUUUAGAUAGGAUUCUAUUCUGUAGCCCAGGCUGGCCUCAAUUGUAUGACCCUCUGGCUUCAAGUGUUCCAAGUGCUGGGAUUACAACAAACUAUACUUUAAAGAAAAAAAAUUCAGUAUAUAAACAUGAUAUAAAACCCAAAUUGAACAAAACACCAAAAUCUUAGGCCGUAACAGGAAUGGCAUCAAGGUGGAAGAAGAGCCCUUAGUUGAGCAACUGCGGGGACAAAGCCUGUCUAUUUAAAUUUUGAUGUGUUAACUUUCCCACAGUUUUAAUUUUUUAAAAAUAUCCCAUCAAGAUAGUGUUUAUCUUGAUUUGUGGGGUUUAAGCACUCUCAGUUUUUCUCCCAGUGCUGUGGUGAAUGAAUGCCUUGUGCCUUUUUCUCAUCACCUUAAACUUGUCCCAGUUUUUGAAGUUUGAAAGACACGGGUGAGUCCUUCGCCAGCCGAGCCCCUGCCUCCCUGACACUGCAGACACCGGUGUGCACUACUCAUCCUCCUCCCACGUCCGGGGAUGCCUGCCUAGGGGGUAGGAAUGGAAACAGCCUGGCAGGGGUUCCCUCGAGAGAAAAACCAGGGAAGUUGCUCUCCACUGGGCUGCUGUGUGUGAACUUGCUCUGUUACUAGAUUGUAUUUAACACUCCUGUUUUUAAAAACUGGGGACAAAUGAAGAGAAACAGAAACCUUGUAUCAUGUUUGUUUUUAUUUAUAUGGUACAAAAAUCUUAAUUCUGUUUGUUUUUUCAAAGAAAAAAAAUAAAAAGUUCCAGGGAAAGGGAAGAGCGUUCUAAGAUCAUGUGGAAAAUGGGUCUUAGGCCUUUUAAAUUAGUUCUAAUUGACAGAGUGACUGUUAAGGCAACAACAACAACAGCAAAAGUCUCCAUUAGGAGGAUGAGGGACUUGCACAGAACAGAUUUUUUUUUUUUUUUUUUUUAAAUAAGGGAGAGUGAAUUUUUUUCUUGUAUUUUUUGGGGUCAAAGAGGGGUUGAAUAGGAUAGAGGUAAGGAAUAAUGUCUGGGAAACAAAACAGACUAAGAUUGUCUUGGGUUUUGUUUGUUUGUUUGUUGUUUUGGAAUAGGCAAGCCCAUUGAAUUACUGUGGUGGGGAGCAUUCAAGUGAGUAAAGCCUCCCUUAAGGAGAGCCAUUGGGGGGGUCGGCGACCCCUGUGUCCCUAGAUGAGGUAUGCCUCAUCUCUCAGUCUUACAUUUAAGUGCAAUUACUCUUGUUAAUCCAGGGUAUCUUGGACCCUACUGAAGUUUUAAUAGAGAGGGGGUCUUCAGGGUUCUUAUUUUUCUCCUUUCCACUUAACAUGGUUGCGCUCUCCCUCCUACAUUCUCUGUACAUGCUCAACUCCUAGCAAACGCCACAGAGUGAACACCAGCCUCCCGUCCCUUAACUCAUGCUGGCUCAAUUGAGAAUCGGAAGAUUUUUCCCAUACUUCCUUUUUUAAGUGGUAUAAAUUAUAUCUUCAGUUUUUAAGACGCGAUCUCUUAACACUGAGGGAUGGUGUUAACACUCCAUGCUGUGCCUUAAAAUAGAAGUACCUUCCCUCGCCAUAGAUUUUCAAAGUUCACAGACCAAUAAAGCAAAAAUUACUGUGACUUCAUAUUGUACACUUGGGAAAUUAUCCUGAGCCCAGAGAAUGGAGCCAGCUCUCUGAGACCUGGCUCUUGGCAUUCUUCCUUUCAGUCGCACGUUCAAGGUUCCAGACACUUUUUCUUUCAAUAAAGGAGCAUUUGGGAAAUGAUUGUCUAUGAGUUUACUCAGACACCUGACUGGACUCUGUCCUCUUUUUCCCAAGGAAGCAGUACACAGCCAUAGAGCCAUUGGUGAAAGGACAGAAUUAAAAGCCAUUUUCUGGCCUGGAAACAUGUACCCCAAAUUCUUACAAUUUUCUUCUUUCCCUCCAUCUCAACUGCAGUUUCAAUAAGUCAUACAGGCACUCGGUCUCAUUUUAAAUAUGUUGCAGUUACCAGGGUUAGGGUAUGUUGCCUCCUGGGCUUAAACUGAUUAACAAAAUACUUUCAUGCUUCCAUGUAGAAUUCAUACACCCCCUCCCUCUGUUGGCUACGUGGGUGGGGGGCAGCAGAAAUGAUGGAAGCUGCCUAAGGAGUGGGGUGGGAAGGACCUUGGCCUCUUUCUGUGUUUAUAACUGGAUCUGUGAUUCAUCCUGUGAGUCACUCCACCUUCCUCCUCCAGCUACCCCUCCCAGCAGGCCAUGCUCCUGCCACAAACCUGUAACCAGAGCAGGGAUCCGAAAGUGGAAAAAUGGGAUAUAGCUCCUUGCCUCUCUGUACCCUUUGCAUCCAGUGGAUACCUGCUUUUGUGCUGCAGGUGGUGAGAGUCUUCCUGUUACCCAGCCAGCACCUGCUACCCCUUUCCAUUUCUGUUAGGGGGUCCAGAUCACCUGACUUCUCUCUCCCCAUUUUGACCAUUCCCCUCUACAUUCUGCUGUUCCCAUACCUCGAGACAUUAAAGAACAAAAUGAGGCUCUUCAGGGAAGAGUGGGGUGAAAAGCAGCUCGUGGGAUGUUAAACUGUUGGAGGCACAGCUCUUCCUAGACUGCUUCCUCAGUACAGUACAUGCUUCAUUCCACACGACACUGAGGUGCGGGGUGGGGUGGUAGGUCAGGGGUGGGGGGUGGGUCACAGCCGCUGGGCCUUCUACAGUUAGCAGUCCCCUUGUUAGCAAGUCCAUAGCUGUCUGCUCCAGGCUGACUGCUCAUGCUAGCUUCACUAUUUCCACAGUUGCAGCCAACAGAAGGCAAUUUGGAAGCUGAGGCUGGAAGGAUGUGUGCUGUGGGGAAGGGAGUAUUGAAUGUCACGGUCCCCACCUAAGGACUGCUGCCUCUGUACAGACUCAAAAACAAUAAAACAGCAGCUCAUUAACACCCA